AUGAUGCGAACACUCAUUGUGCUGGUUACAAUCGCCAGCGUACGUGGCGCGACAGUAAAUGAUGCUGAUUGCACAACAGAUAUCAAGUCGCCAACGGAUACCCUACAAUCUUUCAGUAUAUCUCAGAAGGAUACCAUCGCCGCUGGAACAGCCUGUGUUUGGGGGCUCAAAUCCACCGAACAUAGAAGUGUCGAGUUACGUUUGGAAGUUGCUUCGCCGAACACAAAUGCGCAAUGCAUCAAAGUCUCUUACACAGGCAGUACCGAGCCUGCAACAGAAUCAACAAUUUGUGGGGAGGAAGGAAAAAAUGUGUUCACUGCAGAUGCUGGUAAGAAUAUCACAGUCACCUACGAGGCUCCCAAGGAGGCUACGGACAUCGCAAUCAGAAACUUCCAGGUUUACUAUCAACUUGUGAACGACAACAGAUGUUCCGAUGCGCCCAAUCCACCGACGGAUAAAACCCAAUCGUUCAGUGUGGCGAAAUCCGUAGACACCAUCCCGACUGGUUUGCUAUGCUCCUGGAGUCUUCCGACGACUGAUGGGAAGAAAAUACGUGUGGCGUUGGAUGUCGAUUCGACUAAAACGGAAAAUCAAUGUGUGACGGUUGCUGACGCGGACAAAACCAAAGCCUCACUUAUCUGUGGUAAAGAACAGGAGAACACUUACGUUUCUUCUGGCAAAGACGUGGUUAUCACCUACGGCGAACAAGACACAGGAAAGACUGCGGUGGCAAACUUCGAAAUUCAUUAUCAAUUUGUAAAUAGUGCGGAAUGCACGACAGAUGUGGCGAAACCAACCGAUAAGUUACAAUCUUUUGAUGUGUCUCAAAAGGAUACAAUAACUGCUGGAACAACCUGUACAUGGGGAAUCGCAUCCACUGAAAAGAAAAGUCUCCAAUUAAGUUUGGAAUUAAAUCCGCCGGACACAAAUGCGCAUUGUGUGAAGGUCUCUGAAACAGGCAAUACAGGAGCUUCAGGAGAAUCAACCAUUUGUGGAGAAGAAGGAAAAAAUUUGUUCACUGCAGAUGCCGGUAAAAACAUCAUUGUCACAUACGAGGGUCCUGUUGUGGGAGAAGGAAUCAAGGAUUUCCAGGUGUAUUACCAACUGGAACGGAAACACAGUGUCUACAAGACAUUUGUCUCGUGUUCCUUUAAACCGUGUGAAACCGCAAUGGGUGGCGGUGACUCAGAUCAGUUCAAACACUUCCUGACCGCUCUGUUGCGAUCUUCUGGUGUUCGCUACAAACAACUCACAAUUGUCAAUCAUUGCAAAAAUGACUAA